AUGACUGAGCCGGCGCAGGUGGUCAAGAACUCUCGAAAGCCGCGGCGGAGGCCAGCCCAUCUUCGCACCAAAACUGGCUGUCUGAACUGCCGCCGACGGAAGAAAAAGUGUGAUGAACAUCUGGUCGUCUGCCGCAACUGCGUCAAAAGAAAUGUGGAUUGCAUUUGGCCGCUGAACCCCAAUUCAAAGUCGAAAGAUUCCGGCCCAAGUCUGAGUCUGGUUGAAAAUGGUGCGUCCCCGACACUCAGCCUUGUUGUCGAACCGUGUAGCCGUGAUACAUGCUAUGGCAUCGAAGACGGCGAGGGGUGGGGAUUUGCAGACCUGUCAACACCCUCAGCUCCUUUCUCGCCGACAUCUGAUGACCACGGCGUGGACGAUGAAGAAGAUGAGCUCUCUCUCGUACUCGUUCCUCAACUUACCUCCGUCGCCUCACGCACAAAGAUUCACAGUCCUCUUCUGUUCGACUUCAUGCGAACAGUAUUUGUCCCACAGCUUGUUCGACCCGCGACCGAUAGCCAAUACAUCAAAGAUUUUACAAGUGGAAGUCUCCAGCUCGCGUACAACACUCCAUUUUUCAUGGAGGCUCUCCUGACAACUCGACUCUACCGCUCUGAAGGUGUCUCUAUCCAUCUAUAUGGUGCGGCCGCGCUGCUCAAGUCGUGCUGGAAGCGGAUGGAAGCAUCAAAGAGCACACCAGCUACGUGGACUGCCACACGCAUUCUCACCCUAGAAUCCUUCAUUUUCCAUGUGGCUACGAGCAUCCCCUUUCAGGAUCCUGCUCCGACAUCUGCUCUCGUCGACGAGGUCUUUGUAAAAGCGCAGCUUGUACUGGAGCGGCUAUGGCUGGAAAGAACAUUGAACUAUCCCUAUUCGCCGGUUCUUGGAGUACCCCCAAUGCUAUUCUUGUACGUACGACAAGUGGCUUUGGUAUAUUCCCAGUUUCGAUCCCGGAGAUUCGAUGUGCGGCAAUGCCAUCGUCUGGAACAGGACUUGAGGUGGUGGAGCCACGACAAUAUUGCCGACUCAUACAUCGUCAACAUUAUCAGUUCCACCGAUUCUGCCAACGAAGAUCCCUCGUUGUCUUUGCUCUCUGACCUUCAAAAUUCCACCCAGUCUUUCUUCGGACCAAAGCUCUAUAUCCUUGCUGCAAAGAUUCUGUUGAGGCGGAUGGUAGCACAUUCGUCCGAAAUGGGAGGUCAAUGUCUUUCAACAUCCCUUUCAACCUUGCUCUCCCAAGAGAUGGCCCUUGUCCGCUCCAUCGAACCUUCAGUAGACUAUUUCGCAGAAUACUACUGCUGGCCAUUCUAUUGCUUGGGGGUGUCUAUCGAUGACCCACAGGCUCGAGAAAUGUUAGUGAAUAAGAUCAUGGCAUUCUGGAAGGCGAAGAGGAAUGGAACGAUGAAACGGUUGGCAGAUAUCUUGACAGAUCACUGGAAACAUUCAGCCCCAUGA